GAGAGAGAGCGCGUUCAGUGUUCACAUGUACCGUGGCAGAUCUCCUCCACCAGUGAGGCGCGUUGUGUUGUCUUCAUCUGCUCGCGGAAUGAGCGCGGAGAGCCCCGCGGAUCACCAGUACCGGACUCUGGCGCUCGACACGGCGCUCGGCACCGGGCUCGCAGUGCUCGUGUACGCGGUGCUCAAGCUGAGCCUGGCCGGGCUCCGCGUGUGGCGCGCGCGGGUCUCGGUGCUGGUCGUGGGCGCGGGUCCGGUCGGGCUCACCGCGGCGCUGGUCGCUGUCCGCUCCGGGAAGGUGCUGAAGCUGACGCUGCUGGACGCGCGCUACCGGAGCGCGUUGCUCUGCAGACCGCAGCAGAUCGCGCUGGACCCGCGCAGCGUGCGCUUCCUCCUGGACCUCGGCGUGGACUUCGACAACAUGGAGGGCUGCUGGCGCAACGAGCACUUCUUCACCAAGAUCGGCGUGUUUCAGGAGUAUCUGCUGAGCAUCCUGGAGCAGAACAAGCGGCAGGGGGGCGUCGAAGUCCAUCUGGGCACAAAGUUCAGUGAGGAGUACCUGAGGAAGAUGUCCAGGGCAGAAUGGCCGCGGGUGAUCGUGGUCGCUGACGGCUCGUGUGGAGACUCCUGCUCUGUGCUGGGCAUCAGCACCGAUUACAUCGUCGAGUCGUGCCACGCUUACGGGGCCAAUGCCACGAUAGAGAGACUGGACCAGAGACAGGUUCCCACACCAGAGAUCCGUGCUCAUAGUCUGUACUUUGACCUGUCGGCGUACGGGCUGGACACCGUGAAGGACCGCCGCAGCUCCGGCCAGCCCGCAGCCAAGCCCGGCUUCCACCUGAAGAUAUACGGCACCUUCCGGAACCGCUGCAUGGCUCUGGCCUGCACUGCAGACGCGGACUCCAAGAUGAUGCAUUUCCUGCGCCACACGGCCAACUCUUCAAUCAUGAAGAACAUCUUCCACCAGUCCUUCAAUGCGUACAAGACGGACAUCGAGCCUCGUCUGAGCGAGCUCACGCUGCACCACAUGCAGUGCAGUCGCCGGCUGUUCGAGAUCAUGCUGUCGUACCGCCGCGUCAGUGCCGCCUACAUCGAGGGAGACGGCGUGGCCGUGACUGUGGAGGGAGAGGCGGCGAGAGUGCUGAACUUCGACACCGGCUGCGGUGUGAACCUGGGCAUGAGAGGCCUGGAGUCGCUGGGGAUGUUCGUCUACAGGACCGCCACGGCUCUGGACCAGAGCGACGUGUUCGAGGCGCUCUCCGCCAAAAUCCAGCACUCCCGACUCGUGGCAGAGACCUUCCGGAAGAGCGGCCUGGCCUCGGCCGUGUUUGAAUGACCCUGCGUGUGUUCUGAGGGAAGUUAUAAACACAAUGCUUACAUAUAAUGAUCAAUGUCGUGAUCGUUUGGGAAUGAUAAAUAUUCACUGCAUAUUGGAGUGACCAAAGUUUUUGUAUUUGCAUUUAAUUUGUAAUUUAUGUAUUUG